UUUAUUAGUACAUUAUUUGACACAGGUAUUUGUGUGUAUUUCACUCUUAAUUCUCAUACAAUUUAGUUAUUAAUAAACUGAGCGUGUUUAUGAAGUAUGAACCAGUGUGAUAUUCGGACUUUUGAAAAUUCCCGAGUAUGUUUCACACAACAUGACAAAAAUUAUAGUUGCAAAGCGCCAGGAUUAUCCAAAGACAUCAAAGAAACAGUCACAAGACCACAAGAAGAAAUAAUACCAAGCAAAAACAACUAUAAACCAUUUCAGCGUCUCAAGAUAGUGGAGUGCAAGUCCUCUGAUGUUGAGGAAACAUUCCCCGAGGAAGAAGAAUGUGGAAAGCCGUCCUCAGAAAUGAGGAUACCGUUAAAAAACAUAGUAGAAGAGUUUAAUAGGAUAAAACGACGAGUGAGCCGAUUGAAUCACCUUUUGCAAACUGAUGCACCAGAGUGCCCUUCUGUAAAAUCAUGUUUUGACGAUAUAGAUUCAAAACUCUACGAAACUUGUCCACUCAUCCUAGACCUUCAGAUCAGUGGCCAUAAGUUGGAUAUCCAACUUUGCCAGUUGCUAUCUGCACAUAAAUCUACUGUCAUGAGCAUAAAAAUGAGGAACAAUGAACUUUGCAGUAAUAAGGAAAAAGCUGACGCUUUGUCGAAACAAGUGGGACAGCUGGACUUCUUCCAAAAGGGGCUUGAAAAGGAGCAGACGCUUUGCCUCGAGCGCUAUCGGCACAUAGACAGUAUAAAGCUGAAUUGGUGUGAAUUCGACAGGGAUUCUGAAAAAUUGGCCAGACUUGCCGCUUACCAGAUGUCAAAACUAAUUAAGAAAAGUAAAUACCCGGAUAUAAAACGAUACGUCUUUAAACUGAUUAAACACCUCUAUAAAAGCUCCAGAGAAGCUCGUGUUAUGUUGAUAAAAGAGCUGAAUCAUGUACGAGAUGAAUUUACUAGGCUUAGUGGAAGUUCCUAUGGAUCCGAUGAGGGUAGAGACGUCGAAAACGAAUCUCAUGUAGCUAGCUUUAAGACUUAAUGAGAAAAAGGCUGGAAGGUUGUCUGAUAGGAUGCUUUAGAGAAACUUUGAGCCUUGUUCUUGUUAAGUUUCUUAAUUCGCUAAUAAAACUUAAAAUAAUAUAUAAUA